AUGAAACCGAUUGUUAUAAGUGCAAAAGUGGACUGUUUUUACGUGAUGGGAAAUGCCUUAACUGUGGCGACCUAUAUGAGAAUUGUACAAAAUGUGAUAAGACAAGAUGUUUGGAAUGUAUGGACCACUUUUAUUUGUCGAAUUACAACUGCGAUAUUUGUAAAACAAGUUGUGAUGUUUGCCACUCUGAAUCAACCUGUUCAAAAUGAAGAUGACAAGACGUGUUCAUUGUGUGACAUGAAAGGAUACUACACAGACAAUAAAAGUUGUAAAAAGUGCAAUGCAAAUUGCAUCAAUUGUUUGUCUCAAACACAAUGUGUGUCAUGCAUCGAGGGGUAUUAUCUCGAAAAUACCACUUCAGAAGAAAUGACAGAAUCUUUUGGAACGUGUACAGACUGUUCAACGCGUGGUUGUAUAACAUGCAAUUCAACAUCGUGUAUCACAUGUGAUAACAAUAAAUACAUUGAUGAACAUGGGUUGUGUUCUGUGUGUAAACCCGAUAAUGUCAAAAGUAUUUCAUGCUUCAUUGAUGAAAACGGAAACAAAAAGUGUGAGAAGUGCAAACCGGGAUUUUGGAUAGAAAAUUUCGAAUGUGUGACUUGUGAAACAUGUGGAAGUAGUGGGUGCUCUAACAAAACAAAUGGACUUUGUUUCAACUGUUUAUCUCCAAACGAAGUUUUGAUUGAGGGUAUUUGCCAAAUUGAUAAAAAUUGUGUCUCCAUUGAUCCCAAUACGAGUGCCUGUGUGGCUUGUAAUUCAGAUUUUGAAUUUCAUUGCAAAGAAGUAUCUGAUUCAAAUUGUGUUUUGUGUUUAAUAGAAUAUUAUUUAAAAGACCUACAGUGUCUCAAAUGUUAUGAAAUACUUACAAACUGGAUAAAAUGCGGACUUUUGAAUUACUCAAAUUACAACGAAGUUUACUGUGAUAUUUGUACCAUUGGAAAUUCCCAAAAAAAAUUGAUGUUUGUUAAUAUUAACUUUUUAAAGUCAUAUUGUUUUUUUAUGGAAACAAACUUUUAUUCUUAUUACAGUAUAUAUUCGAUAAUAGUCCAGUCUAUGUUCCAGUCUUAUUCGAUAUCAGGUCAAAUAAUAAAAACUUGA